AUGGAACCUUUUCAAGUGACCGCGCCCAUUUUAAAACUCCUUCUUCGUCUUCAGAAGUAUAUUAAAGAGUCUUCCAUAGAAUCUCUCUGUAUUACUGAUAGUACUAUUGAAUUUCUUGAUAGACAAGGAGACCAGGUUCCUAUUAAUUUAGCACCAGAAAUUAAUGAUGAUUUGUUAGAAACUCGUAUGCCUCUCUUCAUCGAAGAUCUUCACCGAAUCGGUGACCCUGCGAAAGAACUCUGUAAAGUUGAAGGUACAAGCUGGAACCAACAGAUGGAUUAUCUUUGUAUUCGGAUCCAACUCUGUCGGUUAGAUCGUGCUACCCUGCUCCAGCAUUAUUAUCAGUUGGGAGAAAGAUUAGCAAUGCAUAAUUGGGACGAAGAAGUUAAAAGAGAAAUGAAGGAUCGAUUUACCUAUCGAAGUUAUAAGAAUGCAUUGAGGAUUACCCGUCGUGUUUAUAGUCUUUAUUACAUACGCGGUGCCCAUAAUCUACUGACUACUUGCCAUUUAUCCGCUAAUAUUUUAUUAGAAAUGAAUAUUGGAAAUUUUAACGUAUUACUGGAAGAAGCACGAUUAGGGAGUCAAAGGGAGAUUGAGCAAUUACUAGCCCUUGAUUAA